AUGGAAUUUGACGUCAAGUAUGAACCUAAGAUCAAGGGCCUUGUUUUCUCAGAAGAUAUUGGCAAUGUGGAGCCAGGCCUUAAACAAGAUGUGGAACAACUCAAUACUUUGUGCAUGGAGCUAAUCGGAAUCACGGCACCUGUUCCUCCAAACCCAACACCAGAAACUUUCAACAAGGACAUGUCCAAGAUGAUCAAGAAGCUUUAUGAAGGCGGUGUUCAGUCCUUCAAGCAAGAAAAGUUCGUCGAGUCGGCCAAGCAGUUUACUAUUGCCAUUGAAAUCAUCAACAGACGUAAUAAGUUUGAGUCCUUCCAGGGCACUUUGCAAGAGCUCAGUCUCUUGUUGAUGAGCAGAGCGGACGCAUAUUUGAAAUGCACCGAGUAUUUGAAAGCAUUCAAUGACGCAGACAUGUUGAUAGGCAUGAUGAUGUGUACGCCAGACAACUUUUUGAGAAGAGGCGUGGCCAACUAUUUCUUGGGCAAUUACGAGGAUGCUAGAGCGGACUACCAAAGAGGUUUGGCUUUUGACGAGAAUAACCAGAGGCUUGUCACGGAGUUAAAUAUUUGCUUGGACAAGAUCCUCGACGAGAAUGGAGACUACCUUUAA